AUGUUGCAUGGAGGAGUCUCCAUUCAGUUUGGCUGUAUGAAGUGCCUCAUAGACACACAAGGAGGCCAAUGCUUUACUCGCACAAUCAGAAAUUUCCAAUACAGAACUCUCGAACAACUGAAAGCACCACUGCCUGUUGGCGUAAAACAUGUGUUUAACAUCAAAGGACCAUCCAUGUUUACCAUUCUCAAGUCUUUUCCUGCCAACCCAUCGUUCUACGGUCUCGACACACUUCACCUACUGAGCAUUGGAUUAGCUAAGCAUUUGUACGAGCUCUUGUCUUCUCCAUUCCAUCCAUCCAAGUUCGAUAACCGAUACAAGCCCUCUAUCGAAGAACUGAAAGAAGCAAAGCUUGAUAAAGCAAGUGCCUGGCCUUACACCUUUGAUUUAGAUCCCAAAGUUCUGGCAAAGAUCGGUCAGUAUGUGGCUCAGUCAAAGAAGACCAUUCCAACUACCUUCAAUGCACCAUUCAACGACAUUCACUACGGCGAAAACCUUGGUGCAAAUACACCAAGUUUAGAGCAAAAGCACCAAGACUUAGAUCAUUUGCACCAAAAUUGGGGUUUUGAAGGUGCAUUGGAUUUUUUUUCAAUAAAGAAUUAUCAGUGGUAUCACAAAAAAUGGAGGUACAUCAAAUGCUUAACCAUUUGA